GCGUUUAGUUCUUUAAACCGUAUCCUGGUCGCCCACCGGUUACAAAACGCGAUACAGCGCGCGACUAAAGUUCGACAUCCAACGAGUCUUAAUCGAGAAUGUGAAGGGAAAGCAUGGACGCGAAUCACAAAGAUAAUGGGAAUUCGGAUUAUAUCCUUCCUGAGGAAGAGGUGGUUCUAAAAUCCGUUUCUGUAGAAAUCGAUGAAGACACCACUUGUGGAUUAUGGUUUAUCAAAGGGAAGUUGUUACAAAAAUUCGCUAAUAAAAAAGCUUUUGUGUUCCUUUAUGGUAUAUUAGGAUGUCUAUUUUCGGCAACUUACGCCUAUUAUAACGGAACAAUCACCACGUUAGAGCAAAGAUUCAAAAUUCCAAGCAAAACAACUGGGAUAAUAACUGUUGGGAAUGAUUUGAGUCAACUCCUCGUAUCUGUGAUUUUGAGUUAUUAUGUUGGAAGGCGACAUAGACCGCGUUGGAUGGCGAUAGGACUUUAUACAGUCGUGUUAUUUUGUCUAUUAACUGCGCUACCUCAUUGGUUAUAUGGAGCUGGUAAAGAUGCGUUAUUUUUGACUAUAGAAUAUGGACAAAUGGAUAACAAUAAUACGGAUAAGGUGUUUGAGCUUGAGAAGAAAAAAGUUUUAUGCGGGAUUAAUCAAACAUUGACGGAAUGUGAUAUGGAGGAAGGGAAUUACGCUCCCGCUACAGCAAUAUUAUUUACCGCCCAAUUAAUAUCAGGGAUCGGCUCCCCUCUUUAUUACACUUUAGGAAUCAGCUAUAUGGAUGAUAACAUAAGAAAAUCUAAAACUCCCGCUUUAAUUAGUAUAUCAUAUUUUUUAAGAACUCUCGGCCCAGCUAUAGGUUAUGCUUUAGCAUCGAUUUGUUUAAAAUUAUAUAUUUCCCCUUCGUUAACGCCCACCAUAAAUAAUAACGAUCCUAGAUGGCUUGGAGCUUGGUGGUUAGGUUGGAUUAUCUUAGCAGGUAUUAUUUUUCUCUGUGCUUCAUUGUUGGCUUUGUUUCCGAAGCAACUUCCAAGAGCUGCCGCAAGAAAAUUAACAACGCGUUCCACAACUGAUGAACCAGAGCUUCCAAGAUCUUUUAAAGAUAUGAUGAAGACUUUUAAUAGAUUAGUAAAAAAUCCGACGUUAAUGUUAAAUAAUUUCGCUGCCGUCUUUUAUUUCUUGGGUUACAUGCCUUAUUGGAUUUUCUUACCGAAAUAUAUUGAAACGUUAUAUAAACAAUCAGCUUCAGCAUCUAGUUUAAUUACAGGAACAGCUGGUUUAAUAUUUUCAGCGAUAGGAGUAUUAUUGUCAGGAUUAAUAAUAUCAAAGUUUAAACCGACUGCUAGAAUUUUGGCGGCUUGGAAUGUUGUUGUAGGUGCAAUAUCGGUUUUUGGAAUUAUUUCGUAUGUUUAUUUAGAUUGUUUGGAUAUUAAUCCCAUAGCAAAAAGAUAUCAAUCAACAAAUAGUUGUAAUUCAAAUUGCAAUUGUGAUUAUGUCAAAUACAACCCUGUUUGUUCUCAGGAUGGCAAAACGUCUUUUAUCUCGGCUUGUCACGCAGGAUGUUCUCAAUAUUCACUCACAAACCUAACUAAAUUAUAUAAAGAGUGCUCUUGUAUUCAAUCUGAUGAUGGUUAUGGUUACGCAACUUCCGGCAAUUGUCAUGUAGACUGUUUUUCAAAAUUCUAUGCAUUUCUAGCUGUAGUUUGUUUAUUGAAAUUCACAGGAGCUACUGGAAGAGUUUCUAACUUUUUAGUUACGGUGAGAUGCGUUGAAGAAAAAGAUAAACCGGUUGCCAUGGGUUUUGCAUUAAUGAUGAUGAGUCUUUGCGCUUUUGUUCCAUCCCCAAUACUUUUCGGAAUCAUUUUAGAUAAAGCUUGUUUGGUUUGGGGCAAAACUUGUUCUGGAAACGGAAACUGUUGGCUAUAUAAUAGCGAAACUUUAAGAUAUACUUUAAACUUCACGGCUGCUGGUUUCGUCACCAUAGGCACCAUAUUCGACGUGGGCGUGUGGUAUUUUGUGAAGGGCUUAAAAAUAUUUGAUGACGAUGUUGAGUUUGAAUUAAAGGAUAUUUAACAUAUAUAUUCUUUUGUAUUAUUGUCACCUAAAAUGACGAUUGCAAUAUACUAGAUCUCUCUCGA